CUGACGCCAGCCUUUCUUUUCCAUCACCGUAGAAUAGCCUCCUCCUUUAGAAAUAACUCUCGGCUGGAUCCGAAUGACUCCCGUCCCUUCGCCAGAGCGGAAGGAGCUUCCCCCCGUGAUACGUCUGCUCGCGCACGCACAGAAAGGAGACCGAGGAGCCCCUCCGUCCGCGACGCGUACCUGUCCGAGUGGCAUGUGACAGCUCGCGAGCGCCUUUUGCCGCGUGAAGACGGGACCACAGGACAGCGGCUCCGCGGGGCAGGGCUCGAAACCUUCCGCGUAGACCGACGGGGGUAAAAGAGCUCCGACGGGGAUACCCGCUCUCGUUCCCGCUGCGAAGGAGAUGGAGCGGCUGUGCGGAGCAAAACUCCCUUUCUGGGUGGCCAAUGAGACAUUCCACAGAGACCGGCCAGACCUCUCGGAGUGUUUCCAGCUCUCUGUUCUGGCAUGGCUGCCGUGCAUCUUCCUGUGGGCAGCCUUUCCGUGCUACUUCUACUAUCUGAGGAGGAGCAAACGAGGCUACAUCAUGAUGUCCCUACUGAACAGGUUCAAAACGGCGUUUGGCUUGUUGCUCUGGAUUGUGUGUUGGAUAGACCUCUUCUACACAUUCUACGAGAUGCGGCUGAGUCACAGCCGGCCCCCCAUCUAUUUCAUCACCCCGCUGGUGCUCGGGAUGACUAUGCUGUUGGCCACGUUUCUGAUCCAGUACGAGAGGUUACGCGGGGUUCAGUCCUCAGGGGUCCUCUUCAUCUUCUGGUUCCUGUCUGUGCUGUGCGCCAUCGUGCCUUUCCGCUCCAAGAUCCUCAAGGCCUACAGCCAGACUGACGUUCCCGACAAGCUGCGUUUCACCACCUUCUAUUUCUACUUCGGCCUCAUUCUCUUAGAGCUCAUCCUCUGCUGCUUCAACGAGAAACCUCCUCUCUUCUCCAGUGUUGUCACCGACCCCAAUCCGUGCCCUGAAACUACAGCGGGCUUUUUAUCCACCGUUACCUUCUGGUGGUUCACAAGUUUAGCCAUCAAAGGUUACAAAGUACCCCUUGAAGCCAAAGACCUGUGGUCUCUGAACCAGCGCGACAGCUCCGGGAACAUGGUGCCUAAACUCCUAAAGGAGUGGGAUAAGGAGCAAGCCAAGGCCAAGAGCAGCGAACAGAGUCUGACCAGCCAGGCAGUGUAUGCUAAGCCCCAAUCAUCGACCACCAACCACGUCUCAGGAGGAACUGGGGCAAAUGAAAGCAGCCCAGAGGAAGCGGAGGUGCUGCUGUCCAGUCACCAAGCAGCUCCCCAUCAGCCAUCCUUCCUGCGUGCCCUCAUCAGAUCCUUCGGCCCCUACUUUCUGAUCGGCUCAGUCUUCAAGCUCAUGCAGGAUGCCAUCACCUUCGUCAACCCUCAGCUGCUUAGAAUGUUGAUCUCCUUCACAAAAGAGAAGGACACUCCUGAUUGGUGGGGUUACCUGCUGGCCUUCCUCAUGUUCUUCACAGCCAUACUGCAAACCCUCAUCCUCCACCGGCACUUCCAGUACUGUUUCGUCACUGGCAUGAACGUCCGGACAGCCCUCAUAGGAGCCAUCUACAGGAAGGCCCUGGUGAUAACAAAUGCUGCGAAGCGUUCAUCUACAGUGGGAGAAAUAGUGAAUCUGAUGUCUGUUGAUGCGCAAAGGUUCAUGGAUCUCACGACCUUCCUCAACAUGCUGUGGUCUGCUCCUCUGCAAAUUAUCCUUGCACUUUAUUUCCUCUGGCAGAACCUUGGUCCAUCUGUGCUCGCUGGAGUGGCUGUCAUGGUCAUGCUCAUCCCCUUUAAUGCUUUCAUCGCCAUGAAGACACGAGGCUAUCAGGUGGAACAGAUGCAGCACAAGGACGCUCGUAUCAAACUGAUGAGUGAGAUUCUUAAUGGCAUCAAAGUCCUGAAGCUGUAUGCCUGGGAGAACUCCUUCAAAGAUAAGGUCCUGGCCAUUCGGCAGAAGGAACUCACUGUCCUCCGAAAGACGGCCUACCUGGGCGCGCUCUCCACGAUGGCCUGGACCAGUGCCCCAUUCCUUGUUGCCUUGACAACAUUUGCUGUGUAUGUCACCGUGGAUGAGAACAACGUGCUGGACGCAGAGAGGGCCUUUGUGUCUCUCUCCCUUUUCAACAUCCUGCGAUUUCCUCUGAACAUGCUUCCUCAAGUGAUCAGCAGCCUCGUUCAGGCCAGUGUUUCACUGAAGCGAAUCCAAAAUUUCCUUAGUCACGAUGAGUUGGACCCGACCUCGGUGGACAGAAAGAAUACCAGCUCAGCGUUUGCUGUCUCAGUAGUCAAUGGGAAAUUCACGUGGGCCAAAGAAGAUCAACCUGUUCUCCACAACAUUAAUGUGAUGGUGCCCCCGGGCUCCCUGGUGGCCAUCGUGGGCCACGUUGGCUGUGGGAAGUCCUCCCUGAUCUCUGCACUGCUGGGUGAUAUGGAGAAACUGGAAGGCGAAGUUUCUGUUCGGGGAUCAGUGGCCUAUGUUCCCCAGCAGGCCUGGAUACAGAAUGCCACCCUGCGGGACAAUAUUCUGUUCGGGAACACCUUCAACGAGUGUAAAUACCACCGUGUUCUGGAAGCCUGUGCCUUAACACAAGAUCUGAAAGUUCUGCCUGGAGGAGACAUGACAGAGAUUGGAGAGAAGGGCAUCAACCUCUCCGGUGGUCAGAGACAGAGGGUGAGCUUGGCUCGAGCUCUGUACAGCGGCGCGGACGUCUACCUUCUGGACGACCCGCUGUCUGCGGUGGACGCCCACGUGUCCAAACACAUCUUCGACAACCUUAUAGGUCCAGAGGGUAUUUUGAAGGGCAAGACUCGCGUCCUGGUGACACACGGCAUCAGCUACCUGCCUCAGGUGGACAACAUAGUGGUGAUGGUGGAUGGCAGGGUGUCGGAGAUGGGCUCCUAUCAGGAGCUGCUCAAACAGAACGGAGCCUUCGCAGAGUUUCUCAGGAACUACGCUAUGGAUGACAUCAUAGAGGAGGACGAAGCCACUGAGGAUUUAAUGGAAGACGAGUUAUUCCCCGACGACGUGCUUAGCAACCACCACACAGACAUGGUGGAUAAUGAACCCACUGUCAACGAAGCAAAGAAAACUUUCAUGAGGCAGAUCAGCAUCAUGUCUGGAGACAGUGAGAACCUCAGGUGUCGCUCAGUCAGGAGACACGGCUGCAGCCAGAGGAAGCAUCCAGAGGCUCAGGAGAAGAAGUCCCCAGAGAUGGAAAAGCUCAUCCAGGCAGAGACGGCAGAAACAGGCCGGGUAAAAACCAAAGUGUUUCUGGAGUACGCGAAGGCCGUAGGACUUGUGCUGUCAGUGAUCAUUUGCCUGCUGUACGGCUGCCAGAGUGCCGCCGCCAUCGGAGCGAACAUCUGGCUCAGCCGGUGGACCGACGACGCGUCGACAAAUAGUACCAAAGAAAAUGUUCAAAUGAGGGUGGGGGUGUACGCGGCUCUGGGCAUUGCACAAGGUGUGCUGGUUUUGGUUAACUGCCUGUUGUGCCGGGCCUACAGUAUGCUGCAAGCGGCCAAGCUCACACACCAGAACAUGCUGCAGGGGGUCCUGCGAGCUCCGCAGGCCUUCUUCGAAAGCACCCCGACUGGGCGGUUACUGAACCGCUUCAGCAAAGACGUGGAUGCUAUAGACACCCAUAUCCCAGAUAAUAUUGACAUAUGGAUGCGCACUUUCUGGUACACACUGAAUGUGCUGCUCAUAUGCUCUGCCCUCACCCCAAUGUUGCUCAUAGUCAUAGCCCCGUUAAUGGUGUUCUAUUGGUGGGUUCAGAGAUUUUACGUUGCCACGUCGCGGCAGCUUAAGCGUCUGGAGUCGGUCAGCCGCUCUCCAAUAUACUCCCAUUUCUCUGAGACCAUCACUGGCGCUAGCGUAAUCCGAGCCUAUGGCAGAGACAAUACCUUUGUUCUGAUGAGUGAUAUGAAAGUGGACGAGAACCAAAAGAGUUACUACCCUGGUAUAGUGUCCAACAGGUGGCUCGGAGUACGUAUCGAGUUCAUCGGAAACUGCAUCGUGUUGUUUGCCGCUUUCUUCGCUGUGAUGGGAAAGGAACAUCUGAACCCCGGCCUUGUGGGCCUGUCGGUGUCAUACGCCCUCCAGGUGACCAUGUCUCUGAACUGGAUGGUCCGGAUGACUUCAGACCUGGAGAACAACAUAGUGGCCGUGGAGAGAGUGAAGGAAUACUCAGAAACCAAGACUGAGGCCCCAUGGGAGGUGGAGAACAAGAAGCCCCCCCCUGAAUGGCCCAUGGAGGGGAACGUGGAGUUCAGCAAAUACAGCGUUCGGUACCGUGAGGGUCUGGACCUCGUCCUGAGGAACAUCACGCUGAACGUCAAGGGAGGAGAGAAGAUCGGCAUCGUGGGGCGCACAGGAGCCGGGAAGUCUUCCAUGACGCUAUGCCUCUUCAGACUGCUGGAAGCUGCUGGAGGGGAGAUCACCAUUGACAACGUGAAGAUAUCAGAGAUAGGUCUGCAUGACCUGAGGUCCAAACUCACCAUCAUUCCACAGGAGCCCGUGCUGUUCUCUGGGACGUUGCGGAUGAACCUGGACCCCUUUGAUAAGUACAGUGACGAAGAGGUGUGGAAGGCCCUGGAACACUCUCACCUCAACCGGUUUGUCAGCAACCAGCCGGCAAAACUGGACAUGGAGUGUUCGGAGGGAGGAGAGAACCUCAGUGUGGGUCAGCGGCAGCUGGUGUGUUUGGCCCGCGCUCUUCUGAGGAAGACCAGAAUCCUCAUCCUGGAUGAAGCUACAGCUGCUAUCGACUUGGAGACAGACGAUCUCAUCCAGUCCACCAUCAGGACUCAAUUUCAAGACUGCACCGUCUUCACCAUCGCACACAGACUUAACACUAUCAUGGACUACACAAGAGUGCUGGUGUUGGACAAGGGACAGAUAGCAGAGUUUGACACCCCCACAAACCUCUUAUCACAAAGAGGAAUCUUCUACGGCAUGGCGAAAGAUGCAGGCCUGGUGCAGUAGAGGAUCGGCUUUACACCUGGCAGCCGAGCUGUGCAUCACUCCUUAUGUGGACUUACUACACGCUAUGAUUGUUUUUGUUUAUUUAGGGGCACUUCCUGCUCACUUUGAAUGAAGCCUGAACUCUUUUGCAGGCUUGGGUCAAGCAGCACUUGGAAAAAGUUCUAGUUCCCGUCAGAAACCACGUCAGGUCUUUUUUAUUCUGGACUUGCAGUCCACCCAACGAUCCUUCUGUGACAUAGAUAGGAAAAACAAGCCAUACAUGCAGAUGCUACUUGAUCCAAGCCUGCGCCGUUGUGCCUUCUGCCAGUGGGAUCAGAAAGCCAGUGAAUGUAUCAUAUUUUAACUCGGCUAACUGCUGCAAAACAACUAAAAGGAGGAACUUUUUUUUUUUUUUUGUUUACUAUAAAAAGAAGACUGUGCCACUGUACCUUCCUCCAGAGAGACAAAAACAUAUACUUAUGUGAUAAAAAAAACCACGCUAUUUUUGUACUGUACCUUUUAUUUAAGUUACUUUUGAAAGAUUUGUAUUAUCUAGGGAUAUUUGCUCAGUUAAACGUGUGAUUCUUCUGUGAACCAAAUCUAUAAGAACUUGAAUUCUGUACCACCAAAAUAUGGAAAAAAAUAAAUAAAAUGCCUUUAUUUAAAAAA